ACCACUUGUUGAGUUUUAGCCGGGACUGAGCGCACUCGGAGCUGAAGUGAAACUGAGCAUCACUUCCUCAGAUUCGUCGAAUCUCUGCGGAUGGUUUGAGGGAUUUUCAGGCAGUGGUGCAGCUGGACUAUGGGUAGUAGCGAGGUGAGCAAAUCCUCAAAGGAGGCAAAGGAAGCAAAGGAGCCAAAAACUCCUAAUUCACAAGAGCAAGCUUCACCAUCAACCACUGGCACAGUCAACCCAGACUGGUCUGGUUUUCAGGCAUAUUCUCCUAUGCCUCCACCUGGGUUCUUGGCAUCAAGUCCUCAACCACAUCCUUAUAUGUGGGGAGUUCAGCAAUUCAUGCCACCCUAUGGUACCCCACCUCAUCCUUAUAUUGCAAUGUAUCCACCAGGUGGCAUAUAUGCCCAUCCAUCUAUUCCUCCAGGAUCAUAUCCAUUCAGUCCUUUUGCAGUGCCAUCUUCAAACGGAGUUGCUGAUGCUUCAGCUAAUACUCACAGCACUGUGGAAGUGGAUGGUAAGGCCGAGGGGAAAGAAAAAUUGCCCAUCAAAAGAUCGAAGGGAAGUUUGGGUAGUUUGAAUAUGCUUACGCGGAAAAAUAAUGAACCUGGUAAAACAUCUGGAGCUUUUGCAAAUGGAGGGUAUUCUAAAAGUGCAGAGAGUGCAAGUGAAGGCUCAAGUGAAGGAAGUGAUGCAAAUUCUCAAAAUGAAUCACAAAUGAAAUCUGGAGGCAGGCAAGAUUCAGCUGAAACAUCUCAGAAUGGUACCGCACACAGUUCUCAGAAUGGAGGGACAAAUGCUCAUGAAUUGAUAAACCAUUCCGUGGCAAUUGUUCCAUUUUCUGCAGCUGGGGCUGCAGUUGGUGUUCCUGGCCCCACAACAAACUUGAAUAUUGGAAUGGAUUACUGGGGUACUACCGCCUCAUCUCCUAUCCCUUCAAUCCGAGGCAAGGUACCUUCUGCUUCAGUUGCUGGUGGAAUGGUCACUGCUGGAUCACGGGAGAGUGUUCAAUCGCAGCUUUGGCCUCAGGAUGAAAGGGAGGUCAAGAGGCAGAGAAGAAAGCAAUCCAAUAGGGAAUCAGCUCGUCGUUCCAGGUUGCGCAAGCAGGCUGAGUGUGAAGAACUUGCUCAGCGUGCUGAAGCAUUAAAGGAAGAAAAUGCCUCUCUCAGAGCUGAAGUGAGUCGCAUUAGGAGUGAGUAUGAUCAGCUUCUUGCUCAAAAUGCAUCUCUUAAGGAGAGGCUUGGUGAAUCAUCCGGGAAUGAAGAUCCGAGGCUCAGUAAGAACGAACAACUUCUCAGCAAUGAUGCUCCACAUCCAUCGGAAGCAGUGCCCAUGGAGGGUAAUCAAUGAAGUUGCGGCUGUAUUGUUGCAGAUUGAUCUUUAGGGGUUUAACCUAACCACUUAGUAGUAAAACUCGGUUUUUAAUUUCAAAAUUACAUUAGUUAAAAAAAAAAGAAAAUUCUGCAGCUGACCAUUCUGGUGUCAGGCGGUAUUAGUAAAAUAUUGUCCAUUGUUUCUCAGUUGGCCGAUCUUUUAUGGUUGGAGGAACUUGGAUGAUAUGUAGAGAGGGGUUGUAACCUUGUGUUGAAUUGUGUUUAGAUAUAAGGGUGUUGUGUUGUGUCUAUGAAUCUUCUUCAACUUAUUUGUAUGUAGGGAGAUUGUUGAUCAGUUAGCCACAUCUAGAGAAUAAUAUUUAAUGAA